AUGAGCGGCAGCUGCGGCGCGGGGGCGCCCUUGCCGGCGGCGGGCUUCUGCGGGGAGGGCGUGACGGCGGAGUGGCUGCGUAUCUACGACCGGGUGGAAGCGCAGGUUGAUGCGCUCUACGCCGACCGCGCGCGCAUGGAGGCGGUCGGGAGCCGGUGGGGGGAAGCAUCGCUUCGCGGGGACAAGAAGAACAAGUUCACAGAACUACAAGAAUGUGACUUGGAGGAUGUCACAACCGGUGUAAAUCUUCUUGCCCUGCAGAACACCGAAUUUAAGGAAGUUGAAGGUUGUCCAGAGUAUGGUGAAAACACUGCAGAUCAUGAGCACAGCGUAAGAGAUUUGACAACAGAGGUUAGGAAACUGAAGGGAGCUUUUGAGACCCUCAUGUUAGAGAAGGAUAAGGAGGUUUCUGCCUUACACGCCGUACAGGAUUUUCUGUGGAACCGGUUGAGGACAAUGGACAAAGACAACACCGCUCUCUCUGAGAACAGGAAAUUAGCUGCAACACAAGCUAUUGAAGAGCUUCAGAACAAUCUAAAGGAACUGCAAAUGGCAUCCCAAAAGAAGGAUUGUGAGAUUGCCAGGUUGCAAGGAGAGGCUGUUGCGGCCGCAAAUAAACUGCAGGGAAUGCACUACUUGGCCAAGGAGAAAGAUAGAAAAAUAGAACAACUCCAUGGAGAAUAUGAUUCGUUACUUGCUGGAAAGGAUUUUGUGUGGAACAAACUGUGUAAAAAGGAGCAGGAGCUGCGGGGCUACGUCAUGCUCCUUAAGGACAAGCAAGUGGAGGCAGCACAAGCGAUCGAGGCAGCAGAGAAGCUUAGACAGAAGUUAAAGGAGCUGGGAGUGGCAGCCGUGAAGAUGAAGAACGAUGAUGAAAAUGGCAGGUUGCAGGCAGAAGCUGGUGAUGGCAAAACCAUCCAGGCGUCCAUCCCUCAUCUUGAGCUCCAACACUUAUCACGAAGUGGCCGCCUUUUGAGCAUAUGGGUGACUGACGCCAUCAGCGUAAUGUAUGCAGUUAACAGUUCAGAUACAAUUUACAGUGUCAAGGCGAAGGUAUUCGAUCAGACGGGCUUACCCCCAGAACAGCAGCAGCUCUACUUCGCCGGCAGGCUGCUAGUGGACAGCCGCACCUUGGCCGACUACAACAUCGGCCCAGAGAAGUGUACCCUUUAUCUGGACCUCCACCUCCCAUGGCCUAGAGAUAGGCCGCAUAUACAGGUUAACACUUCCGGUCCUUUCGGAUGCAAGACCAUCAUCAGCGCAAAGGUUUGUUCUGCUACUACCGUUGACAGUAUCGAGGAGAGGAUCCACGAUGAGAAGGGCAUUCCUCCUGGCAGACAGCACCUCACCUUGGAUGGGAAUCUGCUGAAGAAUGGCCACACCUUUGGGGAGUACAACGGGCAGAGUUCGUGUGAUAUCGCUCUGCAGCUCCGCCUGCCUGGUGGCAAGUGA